AUGGAGGCGGUAAUAUCACAAUCUCCCGGUCAAAUCCAAGCCCUAACUAAUGGGAAAUUAAUAACUAUUCUUAGCAUUGAUGGAGGUGGCAUUCGAGAAAUCAUUUCUGCCACUAUCCUCACUUACCUUGAAUCCCAGCUUCAGCUGGAUGGUGAGGAUGUAAGAAUUGUGGACUAUUUUGAUGUGAUUGCAGGAACAAGGACUGGCGGUCUUGUGACUUCUAUGUUAACUGCUCUAAGCGAAAAUAAUUGUUUUUAUCCUAUUGUCCAAUUGUCCAAAAAUAUUAAAGACUUUUACCUUGACAAUUGUCCAAAAAUAUUGCCACAAGAGAGUCCUAAAUACAACAAAGGUCGGGUCAAAAACCGGAAUCGCUAUGUAUUAGGACCAAAAUAUGAUGGGAAGUACCUUCGUGAACUAGUUAAGGAAAAGCUUAGGGAGACAAAACUACAUCAGACAUUGACUAAAGAGUCCUAUAUAAAUAUAAACAAAUCGUCUCCCUUCUUGUAA